AUGACUACGGUCUAUGACCAAAUGACCAACAAUGCUCGCACAUUCGUGUCCGUGCGUGGUAAGGUCAAAACAAUUAUAGAGUCUGUGCAGACCAAUUGUGAUCACGAUUUUGUGGAGUUCUUCGACAAGGUGCCGCAUAAAGAUUCGCUCUACACUUUCCGUGUGGCAAAGCUGGCACCCUCCUUCACAAUAAGCAUCAUUAUGCGAGCUGUGAAGACCCAGCGAGUAAUGUUCAAAAUCAACCUGGAAGGCUGUCCGUUUCUGAACAAUCCCAUUAUGAACAAGGCUUUGGGAUCGUCUUAUCGUAAGGUGUUGAUAUUUGUGUGUGGCAAAGUAAAGGUUGUUUUGGAAUCCGUGGAUACCGAUUGUGAUCACGACUUUGUGGAGUACUUUCAUCCAGUUCCAAAUCAGGAAACUCUUCAUACAUUCCGGGUCGUAAGGCUGGCACCUUCCUUCACUCUCAACAUCGUAAUGCGAGCUAUAAAGUCGCAACGGAUAAUGUACAAGAUCAACAAUUUAGAUGGCUGUCAGUUUGUCAACAAUCCGUUUAUGAACAAAGUUUUGGCGUCCACUUACAACACACUAAUCGUCAACAAUAGCUUCUUCAAGUGCCCCAUUCAACCAAAAGUCUACUAUCUGAAGAAUGUGGGCAAGGCCUUCAUGAUGCCAACAUUUCAUCCGCUUGGGCAAUAUCAACUCACUAUGGGGCUUCAUAUGUCCCAAAGUCGUGCCCCAUUUGUCAUGCAAAUUGUGUGGAAGUAUAAAGUUCUAAAUAUUCGUUAA